AUGACGUUUGAGUUGAAAGAGCUGACCGAACAGCAAAAGCAACUGGUGAAACAGAUAGAUGCAAACACACAGGUGGUGCAUAAAUUCAAACUCCAAUUUUCAAACCAGCCGGACCAAUCGUAUACUGCAACGGAGGAUAUAAAUAAUCUUGAAAUGCUGCUCAAUAAUCUAAAGCAUGAGUUAGCCACCAUCAACAAGAACCAUAGCAUAUCGGGGGCACUUUCUUCACUAAAGAAUCAUUUAACGUCGCUGGUUGACCUUACUUCGAUUAAAUUGCGACAAGAAUUAAAAAACGAAAUAAAUCAGCUUGACAAACAAAGCCCUCAGGAAGAUCCAAAUAUCAAGCUCAAUAUUUUGGACGAGCUGAAAUCGUUAUCUACCAAAUUUGACACAAUACAGAAAAAAGCUCAGCUUUCCACCUCGCCAGUUUCACAGAAUGAUUGUGAUCACUCGGGAUGGCGUUUAAUUGGAUCAACAAAGCGUUGGAAAGCUGACUGGCGAUCCUUUGACGAAAAGACGAAGCGUCGUGAAGAACAGGACAGAAUACAAUUCAGAGCAUGGCGAAAUAGGCAAAAACGUUCACGACAACGAAAUCGAGCAUCCAGAAGCAGCAAUUUACUGAACAGAAAUCACGUUUAUGGCAACAAUAACAACAACAGUAACAACAACAACAACUAUCAUAGAGGACAGAACAACAACUUCAACACCAAUAGUAACCGUUUUCGAAACAUGUCGAUUUGGUCUAUCACAAAUUAA